UUUCGGUUCGAAACUGUACAGUGAGACCAUAAGAGGAGUCAUCGACAGGUUUUAUGACAGAAACCGACCUCGGUGUGAGAGAAACACACCCUGAUCAUAAAAACUGAGCUGAUAAGAGGGUCUAAAGGACGCGAGCCGGACUCAAGUUGAGCCAGUCGUGCGGAGCGAGCAGCUGUUGGAGCUUCACCGGACCAAACCGAGUCAAAACUCAAUAAUAUCCACCAUGAGGAGAACAACACUGUACGUUCUGCUGGUCAUUCUGGGAUUCGGCGGUGUUUUUGCUCAAUCAGGGGGCCCAGAGUGCUCACAGCCCAAAGAUGAAGGAACAGGAAAGGAAACGAUGUUGAAAUUUUUCUAUGAUCCAAAGCAGCAGGUCUGUGUCCCGUUCUUCUAUAAAGGCGAAGGCGGGAACGACAACCGCUUCAACACCGACAAAGACUGUAUGAUAGCAUGUUCAGCCAAAGGAAACGAGCUCUACCCAGACGAAGAUGCCGUCUGUUCUCUGCCAAAGGACGAAGGCGACUGUUUGGCCAUAAUUCCCAGGUUUUAUUACGACAGUGAAGAGAAGAACUGCCGUAUGUUCUUAUACAAAGGCUGCCGUGGAAAUGGCAACCGUUUCAACACUCGAGAGGAAUGUCACAAGAUGUGUCUCGCACGAUCCGGACGGCUGUUGGGAGCUGCAGACGUGCCAAACCCUGAUGAGAGCAGUGUUAAUGCAGGGCUGAUUGUGGGUGUUUUGGGUGGGAUUGUGUUCGCCGGCGCUCUCAUUUCUUUGAUUGUGGUGUUUGUGCUCCGCAAGAAAAGCAAGAAAGGAGAACGAAAGCCGGUGCCGACAACUGAUAUCGAAAUGAAAUAGAUCUUUGUUCACAACACGUGUCUGUACAUACAUCCUUAGUGCCUUUGUACCGUUUAUACUAGUCCUGUUUGAACAGUAAUGUAACAAUUGGUUUUAAUUGAUAGAUAUUAUUGGUUACUUUGAUAAUGUUUUGUUUUUACUAAGAGUUCGGCAAUGUAAAGCUAUUAAAUAUUAAAAGCAAUCCUGUUUUGUUUUAUAUAUGACAGCAGAUAUCUGAUGAUGUAUGUGAUCAAAUGUACUGUACUUGUUAAGAUGAUGAUGUAACAAAAGAAAUCAUAGCCUUUCUGUGUUUUAUAUUGUUUUUUUAACAAGAAAUUUUAAAAUAAUAAAUCAAGACCAAAAAAUAAUAAAGACCAAAAAAGCUACUUGUUUUUAAUAUAUAAUGUAUUAUAAUAUUUGAUAUAUAAUACAAUUUAAUAUUAAUAAAAGUAGAUUCUAAUACAGAA